AUGACUGAAAAACACAUUUAUAGAUGUGUAAACUGUGGUAAACCAGCCGCUGCACUUUAUAAAAUAUAUAGUCCUACAGUAUUAAAGCUCACUAAAUGUGAGAGUUGCAAAGGAAUAGUUGACAAGUAUAUAGAAUAUGAUCCAGUCAUAGUGAUGAUCGAUUUAGUGUUGAUGUCCAAAGAAGCACAGAGGCAUGUUUUAUACAACACAGAAUUUAAGGCAUUUUGGAAGCUGCUUAUUAUAUUAAUGAUGCUGGAGACGUAUGGGGUGUGGCGCAACGAUAGCCUGUUCAACAUAGUGGUGAACUCUGUAUGCGGCUUUGAGAAUGUCAAUACAACUAAUAUAAGUAAAUUAAUAAACGUGACAGUACCAGAUUCUUGGAAGACGAACUGCUGGGCCUGGGAACAGAUUGAGAAAGAUGACACAGAUCUCUUUAUAUGGGAGAAGGACUUUUACAUACAAUUCCUUUCCAUAUUGUCAGGUAUUUUGGUGUUUCUAAUAUCGGUACAAAUUUUAAUGAGACUUGCAACAAGUUCACAGAACGGAGUGCCCCUACUGCGAGUACUAAAAGCGUUUUCUCUGGCGAACGUGUCAAUAUUGUUGACGUUGCCAAUGCUGGUGUGGGGGGCGGACAUAUCCCAGGACACGAGAACCGUUCAUUAUCUUCUCGUAUUCGCCUAUAGUUUUGUUGUGUUUCUCAAUGUUUUUACUGUGAUAUACAGAACGCCGGUUUUGCUGUCGAUAUUAAUAUUACUAGUGAGCAACAUCACCAAGUACCUGACGUGUUAUCACACCACGCCGAUACUACGGACACUUGUAACGUAA